UGGAGCCUCUUCAGUAGGAACAGCUGGAUUUGGUGGAGCCUCUUCAGUUGGAGCAGCUGGAUUUGUGGAGCCUCUUCAUUUGGAGCAGCUGGAUUUGGUGGAGCCUCUUCAGUAGGAACAGCUGGAUUUGGUGGAGCCUCUUCAGCUGGAGCAGCUGGAACAGCUAGAUUUGGUGGAACCUCUUCAGUAGGAAUAGCUGGAUUUGGUGGAGCCUCUUCAGCUGGUGCAGCUGGAGCAGGUGGAUUUGGUGGAGCUACUUCAGCUGGAACAGCUGGAAUUGGUGGAGCCUCUUCAGCUGGAGCAGCUGGAUUUGGUGGAGCCUCUUCAGUUGGAGCAGCUGAAUUUGGCGGAGCCUCUUCAGUUAGUGCAGCUGGAUUUGGUGGAGCCUCUUCAGCUAGUGCAGCUGGAUUUGGUGGAACCUCCUCAGCUGGUGCAGCUGGAGCAGGUGGAUUUGGUGAAGCCUCUUCAGCUUUAACAGCUGGAGCAACUGGAUUUGGUGGAGCCUCUUUAGUUGGAGCAUCUGGAACAGCUAGAUUUGGUGGAGCCUCUUCAGUAGGAACAGCUGGAUUUGGUGGAGCCUCUUCAGCUGGUGCACCUGGAGCAGGUGGAUUUGGUGGAGCUAUUUCAGCUGGAACAGCUGGAUUUGGUGGAGCCUCUUCAGCUGGAGCAGCUGGAUUUGGUGGAGCCUCUUCAGUUGGAGCAGCUGGAUUUGGUGGAGCCUCUUCAGCUUUAACAGCUGGAUUUGGUGGAGCUUCUUCAGCUGGGGCAGCUGGGGCAGCUGGAUUCGGUAGAGCCUCCUCACCUGUAACAGCUGGAUUUGGUGGAGCCUCUUCAGCUGGUGAAGCUGGAUUGAGUGGAGCCUCUUCAGGUGGAGUAGCUGGAAUUGGUCGAGCCUCAUCUGGAUCAUCUGAAGCAGCAGAAUUUGGUGGUAAUGUAGGAUUUAGUCGAUUCUCUGGAGGCUCCUCAGCUGGCGGAUCAGUAUCAGCUGGAUUUAGUGAAGCAAUUUCCACCAGCGCAUCAGGAGGAUCCGGAUUUGGGACCUCAGGUUUCGGGAUAUCGACAGGUGGAGCAGCUUCUGCAGCGGCACUGGACAGAAGCUGUGUCAGGUGGUCAGGAGCUCCUGGAUUUGAUGGAGCCUCUUCAACUGGAGGAGCUGGAUUUAGUGCAACUUCUUCAGUUGGUGCAGCCGAAUUUGGUGGAGACUCUUCGGUUGGAACAGCUGGAUUUAGAGGAACUGAAUUUGGUGGAGACUCUUCAGCUCUAUCAUCAGGAGAAGUUGGAUUUGGUGGAACAACUGGAUUUGGUGGAGUUUUUUCAGCUGGAGCAUCAGGAGCAGCUGAAUUUGGUGGAGCAUCUUCAACUGGAGCAGCUGGAAUUGGAGGAGGCGGAUUUGGGGGAGAUGCUACCGCCUCUCCACUGACAGCUGGAGUAGUAUCAGAUGCAACUGCAUUUGGUGGAGCCUCUUCAUCUGGAGUAGCUGGAAUUGGCGGGGAGGCAGGAUUUAGCGAAUCUUCUGAAAUCUCUUCAGCUGGAGGGGCUGGAUUUGGCGAGGCUAUUGUACUUGGCGGAGAUGCUGGAUUUGGAGGAAUCUCUGGAGGCUCCUCGGCUGGAGAAUCAGGAUUAGGUGGAUUUGGAGGGGCUGGAUUUAGAGAAGCAACUUUCUCCAGUGCAUCAGGAGGAUCUGGAUUUGGAACCUCAGGUUUCGGGAUAUCAACAGGUGGAGCAGCUUCUGCAGCGGCACUGACAUCAGAAGCUGUGUCAGCUGGGGCUUCAGGAGCUCCUGGAUUUGGUGGAGCGUUUUCAGCUGAAGCAGCUGGAUUUGGAGGAGCUGAAUUUAGUGGAACCUCUUCAGCUGGAGCAGCUGGAUUUGGAGGAGCUGAAUUUGGUGGGGCCUCUUCAACUGGAGCAUCAGAAGUUGGUCUUGGUGAAGCAACUGGAUUUGGUGUAGUUUCCUCAGCUGGAGCAGCUGGAUUUGGUGGAGUUUCUUCAGCUGGAGCAUCAGGUGCAGCUGGAUUUGGUGGAGCAUCUUCAGCCAGAGCAGCUGGAUUUGGAGAAGGCGGAUCUGGGGAAGGCGCUAGUGCCUCUGCACUGAAAGCUGGAUUAGUAUCAGAUGCAGCUGAAUUUAGUGGAGCCUCUUCAGCUGGAGUAGCUGGAUUUGGCGGGGAGGCAGGAUUUAGCAAAUCUUCUAAAAUGUCUUCAGCUGGAGUGGCUGGAUUUGGCGAGGCUAUUGUACUUGGCGGAGAUGCUGGAUUUAGCGGAAUCUCUGGAAGCUCUUCGGCUGGAGAAUCAGGAUUAGGUGGAUUUGGAGAGGCUGGAUUUAGUGAAGCAACUUCCACCAGUGCAUCAGGAGGAUCUGGAUUUGGAACCUCAGGUUUCGGGGUAUCGACAGGUGGAGGAGCUUCUGCAGGGGCACUGACAGCUGAAGCUGUGUCAGCUGGAGCGUCAGGAGCUGCUGGAUUUGGAGGAACAGCUGAAUUUGGUGGAGGAACUUCAGGAUUUAGUGAGGCUUCAGGGGAUAUUGCCUCAGCAGUCAGCAGUGCUAAAGCAUUAGAAAUAGUUGACACAAAUGCAGUUCUAAGUACUGUAGGUGUUGGAGAGUUUGGCAGUGCUCAUGGUGGUUCAUUUGGUGUUGACGGUAGCGCCGGUCAUGUAAGCACUGUCAAGUCUGCUGGAGGAUUCUCUGCCGGGUCAAGCGAAGGCUUUGGUGUUACCUCUGGAAUUGGACCUGCUGGAACAAGUGGAUUUGUUGGGGGAUUUACAGCUGGAGGCUCAAGUGCUUCUGCGUCGUCGUCGUCCUCCUCCAGUUCUUCCGGAGCCACGUUUGGAUUUCAAGGAUUAACUCAAGUGCCAAUCUUACUCUUGCAUCCAGGUGCCUUCGGAAACGCUUUUGGAGCAGGAGGUUUUAAAGGAGGCUCUGGUUCCUUUAAUCUAGGCGAUGGUCCGUCAAAGGAACUUGUUACGGCUAACUUGCUUGGCUCUCACGGCUCACUGGGAGCUUCAGGUACCCAAGUUCCUGUUUUUCUCCUUACCCACAAUAAUCUUGGAACUGCAGGAAAACUAGAUACUGUUGGUCACAGCGCUUUUGGAACGGCAGGACAACUAAAUUUUGCUGGCCACAAUAAUCUUGGAACAUCAGUGCAACUAGAUACUGCCCCUAUUGCCUCUCUUGGAGGACUGGGUUCAGUGGAUGUUGGAGGACAGAGUACGGACUUUGAUAUUCGCUUGCAAGCGACUGGUCUUCCAUCGUCUGCUGGAUCUUCGCCCAUAAGUUUCGGAAGUGGAGGAACAGGAGAAAGUGUUGCUCCUCUUCUGACAACUGCUAAAUCCAGAGCAUCUGCUGGAAUUGGUCCAGGUAUUUUCGUUGGUGCCACCGGAGCAGGUAAAUCCAGAGGUAAAUCGGUUUCUUCCGCUUUGAUGGCUGGUCCUGCAUUAACAGUAUCUGGUAUUUCUGGUUCUGGUAGUGUCAGUUCUACCAGCUUUGGUGCUUCUAAAUUUAGCAGUACUGUUAGUUCAAAUAGCGUAGGUAAUGCUGCCGCUUCCACUGGUAUUAGUAGUUCCUUUGACGUAUCUGGCUCUAGCAUUAGUCCUGUUACCUCCGCUCUUGUGUCUCAACAACCACUUCUCAUAACUCAGCGUUCACUCCCCGUUCCCAGUGCAACCUUUGCAGUUGGUCAACUAGAUAGUAAAGUAGCUGUGGGGGGAUUAGGGCUGUCUUCCGAUGUCGCAUCUGCUGCCUCCUCUCUAAGUGGCUCAAUUACAAAAUUAGAUGUGUCACCGAUAAGUUCGACUGCGUCCUCCAGAGCUGCUGCAACCUCUUCCAGAUUUGGUGCUUCCUUUGGUUCCGGCAUUGGUCAGGGAGUUCGAGUACCAGCGAUUCUAUUAAGAAAUCUACCAAAAGGAGGAGCAAGAUUCUUUGGGUCAGGAAACUCCGCUGGAAGCUCCCAAGUUUCCGGAUUCUCCACGGGACCUUCAUUUAAUACUUUCACAACACACAGCACCGGAGGUCUUUCAGCAGACACUUCUGCGGCCUUCGGCAGCAGCAGUCCUGCCCUGGCAGCGUCUCAGCAAGCUUUUGUUUUUGGCACUCCCGGCGCAUCUCAGCUAAAAGGACACAGCGUCUUUGUGAAUAAAAAUGCAAGCAAACAGUGGUAA